CGAACAAGUGGGCAGUUAUCUGUAGAAAAGAACGCGGCAGCUAUAGAGCUGGAGCUGGAUAUGUGUCUUCUCCGGUGUCUUCCUUCCACUGCAUUUCCGGUUCAUCAUCAGGAGUUCCGGCCUGAAGGUUGUUGUUCAUCGGAGCUAAUAAGGGGCUAGCUAUCAAGGGACGCACUGCGACUGCAAGAAGAAUAUGCUUGAUAACUGCACUUCGUAGAGGAAGAAGCAUCCAGCAGGAAGAAUGGAUGAAACAGGGGAUGCUCUGAGGUCCUGCAUGGAGCAGCUGCUCCUUGUCAGGGACGAGAAAGAGCGGCUUAUAAUUGAAGCAACCAACAAGAUCUCUUCUGAGCAUAAGAAGACGCUGCAUUUACAGCAGAAGUUUGAAGACACAAACAAACAGUUUGAUAAGGUCAUCACAGAAAACUACAAUCUUUGCAACACUGUUGCCUCAAAGGAGAAGCUGAUCAAAGAGCUGAAGGAAUCCAAAGGACAUUCAGAGCAGAAGCUGACCGAGGCAACUGCAAGGCUUGAGUUCUCACAGAAACAAUGCGCCUCCCUUCAGUACGAGGUGCGCGUGCUUCAGGAGGAGCUUGAGAUCCGGAGCAAAGAGCGAGAGUAUGACCUCAAAUCAAUAGACGCUGCUCGGAAGAAGCAGCAGGAGAGCGCGAAGAAGAUCGCUGUGCUAGAAGCAGAAUGCCAGAGGCUGCGGACCAUGGUUCAGAAGCGUCUGCCGGGUCCUGCGGCGUUGGCAAAAAUGAAAGAUGAGGUCAAGCGACAAGGUUCUGGUGCUGCUGAGAAUGGAACAAGAAGGCCCCGUGCAGCAGUGCAGCCACAGCAGCCGAGGCAUUCCUCCAUGUCUGAAGGUCACCUAGUCAAGCUGCAGGAAUUGGGUGAUGAAAACAGGCAGCUCAGGCAGUUGUUGGCCCAAAAGGAGAGUGAUCUGCACUUUGUGCUGUCGAAGUACGCAGACGAGGCAUGCAAGCUGUCAAUACUGCAAAGGCAGCAUGAAGAGUUGUCUGGUAGUCACGGUUCAACAGAGAAUAACCAUCCAAAACCAAUGGUGAGCGCAUUUGCCAAGCCGGAACACUCAAUAUCUGGGAAGCAACAGGUGUCUAAGGUUAGGAGUAGGAGCCGAAGAAUCACAGGAUCUGACAUGCAAUUGCUUGUUGAUCCUAUAGAUAUUGAGAAACUAGAGUGGGCAUCCAGACCUUCAAGUGCCCCACAUCAGUGUCUGGAUUCACCUGAUACAAACUCAAAAAUGAUUAUCUCAGACACAUGUCACAGAGAGCUCACCCCUGUCAUUCUUGAUGAAGUAACACAUGCACUGAAGAAUGAGAUAUCUGCCAAAGAAAAUGAUGGUGCACACUUUUCCUAUGACAGGGCAGAAAUAAACACAAUAGUGGCUACUCUGAUAGAAAGAGUCAGCAGCAUGGCUGAAAGAUUUAACAAAAACAAUGUUAUGAGUUUUCGAUCACUUUCUCAUGAAAAGCCUGAACUCACUUUGCGAAUUGAGCAUCUAGUUCAUGUCUGCAGUGACGUAUUAGAUGGAAAGGCUAAUCUUGAAAGGCUUACUGAUGAAGUUUGCUUGAUCCUAGAGUGGAUAGUGAGCCGAUGCCUUUUAUGUGCUGAUGAACUAGACAUUGUGGACUACAUAACAAAUAAUUCUGAUGGUGAGUCCCAAAGGACAUUAAGCAUUCAUGGAAAAGAUAUAAUGCAGAGUACAAAAUCAAAAAUUGUUUUAGGAAAGCAACAAGAGAGACGAAGAUUGGUUGAAACAACUGAAGACUUGAUCCCUGAUGUAAUAUUAGAAAACCAUUCUCAGAUUGAGUUGAUCACUUCUAAGCUUGUUGAAGACUUAGUGGCUCUUAGACAAGAGCAGAGUGAUAGUUUUCAGGAACAGCAUUUGGUACGCUGUGAAGCAAAAAGUGCUGCUUCUCACGGGAGCAAAGACAAGUUAGCAGAAGAAGAGGGAAACCAGAUCACAACGACCUCAGCAAUAUCUGCAGCAGCCAGGAAACUUUCAGAAUGCCAAGAAACAAUGGCAAAUCUAAGUAAGCAGUUGCAUGGUCUGGAAAGUCCGGCAAAUACAGAUCCAUCAGAUAAAGAGAAAUGUGCCCCGUCAGCUGAGCCUGUUGCAACCGAAAAGAAAGAACACGGCGAGCCUGAUGCAAAUGCAACUGAGAAGAAAGAACACGAGCAAGAUUCUGGCCAAAGUCUACAGUCUGCUAAAAGUGCUUCGACUCUACUCCUUGUUCGUCCGACGGUCCCGAAGUCACCCCGACCACCCGUUUCUGUUGACGAAAAAAAGAAGAAGCGGCGUGCUAACCUUCUAGGCAGGCUUGUCUUCAGAAAGAAAGCAUAAAACUCAGACUACAAAUCUCAGCGUCGACGUGAAAAAUCAAGUCAUCGGUACAGUUGUUUCUCGCACUUGGGUGGUCUUUCUUGCGUUUUAAGUUAUAUAUACCUGGACUGGUCUUAAGUUAUUUCCAAUUCCAAUAAAAACGAGCAUACUAUGCAUAUGGUGUGUAACUUAUUGGGUAUUUAUUUGGAUGUAUGUAAGCAAUGCUGUGCUUGAGAAAUUUGUGGAAAGUUGUUCAGUCCAGAAGCAUGUGUAAUACUGUAAAUUGGUACCCUACUACCCUUUGGAUUAAAUAAAUAUCUGUAUUUAUUGUUAGGAUCA